UUGCUCGGGACUCGUUUCAGUGUUGCGCCAGAGCGUGCGUGACAGUUGAGUGGGAGAAGCCGCUUUAGAGGACACUUGUACACGUUAAAAUGUCAUGCUUGUCUUGAUGAAAAUGUUUAGUCCGGGAUGUUGUUUGCCUCUCCCAGGACACGGAGGACGGUGUCAGUUGAUGCCGAGUCACUGACAGCAAACGUCAAAAUGGUCUGGGGCAGGAGUUUCUGUGUUGUGGGGCUGCAGAGCUGCAGGUGGAGAGUUCAGGUGCUCACAAAAAGAAGCCACAGCUUUCUUCAAGAUGAAGUCAAAUCACCUCGAGCUCUGCUCAGUCCUGACAUCUCCAGGAUCCGAAACAUCGGCAUCAUGGCUCACAUCGACGCCGGGAAGACGACGACAACCGAGAGGAUGCUGUAUUACUCCGGCUACACACGAGCGCUUGGAGAUGUGGACGACGGAGACACAGUGACAGAUUUCAUGGCUCAGGAACGCGAGCGAGGAAUCACCAUCCAGUCAGCAGCAGUUUCCUUCGAUUGGAAGAACCAUCGGAUCAACUUGAUCGACACGCCAGGUCAUGUCGAUUUCACGCUGGAGGUGGAGCGAGCUUUGCGGGUUCUUGACGGAGCCGUCGCUGUGUUUGACGCAUCAGCUGGUGUCGAGGCUCAGACGAUGACGGUGUGGAGACAAGCGGAGAAGCACCAUGUACCCUGCAUCUGUUUCCUGAAUAAGAUGGACAAACCUGCAGCAAAUCUGGGAUUUUCCCUCGACAGCAUCAAGCAGAAGCUAAAAGCCAAUCCAGUUCUGCUGCAGUUCCCUGUUGGAAGUGGGCGGAGCUUCUCAGGUGUGGUGGACUUGCUGACCAAUGAGAGGUUGAGCUGGCACCAAACAACCGACAGGGAUGAUGGACGGGUCUUUGAGGUCAAACCAGUGGACCUGUCCGAUGACCCGAAGCUUCUGCGGGAAGUCUGUGAGGCCCGAGCGGCCCUGAUCGAGCAGGUGGCAGAUCUGGACGACGAGUUCGCUGACCUGCUGCUGACCGACUACCCCGACAACUUUGACGCCGUCCCAGCUGUGAAGCUGCAGGAGGCGGUGCGGCGCCUCACACUGGCCAGGAGAGGGGUCCCAGUUCUGUGCGGCAGCUCGCUGAAGAACAAGGGAGUUCAGCCGCUGCUGGACGCCAUCGUCGCCUACCUUCCCUCACCGGACGAGAGACGCCACGACCUGGUACGCUGGUACAAGGACGACCUGUGUGCACUGGCCUUCAAGGUUCUGCACGACAAACAACGUGGCCCGCUGGUUUUCCUGCGGAUCUACUCCGGGACGCUGAAGGCUCAGACAGCAGUCCACAACAUAAACCGGAGCAACACGGAGAGAGUGAGUCGGCUGUUGGUGCCGUUUGCCGACCAGCACAUGGAGAUUCCGUCCAUAACAGCAGGAAACAUCGCGCUCACGGUCGGACUCAAGCAGACGGUGACGGGCGACACCAUCGUUUCCUCCAAAGCAUCAGCAGCGGCGGCGGCUCGGCGAGCUCACGCGGACGGCGGGAAGACAAAGAAACGCGGGGAACAGACGGACGUGCUGCUGUCGGGUGUGGAGGUCCCUGAACCGGUUUUCUUCUGCAGCAUUGAACCACCGACCCUGUCCAAGCAAGCAGACCUGGAGAAUGCCCUGAGCUGCCUCCAGAGGGAAGACCCGAGCCUCAAAGUCCGGGUGGACCCUGACUCUGGGCAGACAGUCCUAUGUGGGAUGGGCGAGCUCCACAUCGAGAUCAUCCACGACCGCAUCAGGAGAGAGUAUGGCAUCGAGACUCACCUGGGCCCCCUGCAGGUGGCCUACAGAGAGACGGUCCUCGGCGAGGUCUCCGCCUCAGACACUCUGGACCGGACCAUCGGUGACAGACGGCACCUGGUGACAGUGGAGCUGAGCGUCUCACCGGAGUCGUCAGACUGCUGUCACCUGGAAGUGACAGAGGAAACGAGUGCUAAACUGACGGCAGACAUGAGAGAAGCGGUGGAGAACGGAGUGCAGAGCUCGUACCUACAAGGUCCAGUUCUGGGUUACCCCCUGCAGGGCGUCCUUACACUCAUCCGAAGUGUCACCGUGGAGACAGGAACUUCUCCAGCGAUGGUCUCCGCGUGUGUCUCCCGCUGCAUGUCGAAGGCACUCAAGCUGGCCGGAGGUCAGGUGCUGGAGCCCCUCAUGUCCAUGGAGGUGACUGUGGCAGAAGAGCACCUCGGCUCAGUGCUGGGGGACUUGGCUCAGAGGCGAGGGACCAUCAGAGAUAUUCAGAGUCGCCAUGACAACAAGGUGCUGGUGGCGACGGUGCCCCUGGCGGAGAUGAUGGGGUAUUCCACCGUCCUGCGGACGUUGACCUCAGGUAACGCAACAUUCUCCCUGGAGCUGGACACGUACGAGGCCAUGAACUCACACGACCAGAGCACGCUGCUGAAGAGGAAGUCAGGACUGCUCUGACUUCCUGUUCGCUGACUCAUCAGAAAACACAGACACACUGAAUUGUAAAUAUUUUUUAUUCAAAUAAAAAAAAAAAAGAUUGAUCAAGAAGCACCAACAUUCAUUCACAAUGAUUUUUUUAAAAGCACGUAAAGU